CAUAAGAACAUAAGAACGCAGGAGUCUACAAGAGUCCGGUAGGCCUGUACGAGGCAGCUCCUUUGACCCUAAGCUCCCGUGUAUCUAACCCCACCUAAUAUCGCUGUCCAUGAAUUUAUCUAGUCUAUUUUUGAAUGUGACAAUUGUAUUGGCAGUCACCACAUGACUGCUAAGCCUAUUCCACUCAUCCACCACCCUGUUAGUAAACCAAUUUUUCCCUAUGUCCCUGUUGAAUCUGAAUUUACCCAGUUUAAACCCGUUACUUCGUGUCCUACCCGGUUCUCUUACCAACAAGACCUUAUGAAUGUCUCCCUUAUUAAAGCCCUUCAUCCAUUUAUAAACCUCGAUCAUGUCUCCACGCACCCUUCGUCUGAGUACGUGUGUGAGAAUAUCAAGAGAAGAGGAAGUAAAUAAAAUCUCUCUCUAUAUAUACACACACACACACACAGAUACACACAGACACACACAGACAGACACAGACAAACACAUACACAGAUACACAGACACACAGACACACAGAGAUACAGACACAGAUAAACACAGACACACACAGACACAUAGACAGAUACACACAGACACACACAUACACAGAGACAGACAGAUACACACAGACAGACAUAUAUACACAUACACAGAUAAACACAGACACACACAGACACACAGACACACACAGAUACACACAGACCGAGACAGAUACACACAAACAGAUGCACACACACACACACACACACACACACACACACACACAGAUAUACACAGACACAGACACAUAAACACAGACAGAGAUACACACAGACAGACAGACAGACAGACAGACAGACAGACACGGAGAGACAGACAGAGCUUGAAGAAAGGAGGGAGGUGGUUAGGGAAAUACGCGCAUUUAAAUAUUUAUACAGCAGGAAAAAGUGGAUGUAUUGUAUUUACGGACGGGUCUUUCCCUACUGGCGCCCAACACCACACGUUCCUCGGCGAGCUCUCAUACGUGGUGACGCAGGAAGAAGGAAAACCCCGAACCCGUGACUGUGUAUAGAUUCUCACAACGAAAAAAAUAGGUCGGAGGAAAAUAAGAAUCGGUAAAGUAAGAGGAAGAAGGAAUAUACUGAAAUCUUAACUGCGUAGAGAUUUUCACACACACACACGCAAAAAGACAAUGGAGGAAAAUAAGAAUCGGUGAAGUGAGAGGAAGAAGGAAUAUACUGAAAUCUUAACCGCGUAGAGAUUUACACACACACACAAAAAGAAAAAAAAGACAAUGGAGGAAAAUAAGAGUCGGUGAGAUAAGAGGAAGGAGAAAAACACCGAGACCGUAACUGCGUAUAGAUUUUCACCUCAAAAUAUAACUGAAGAAAACAACACAGGUAAAGAAAGAGGAAAAAGAGGAAAAGAAAGAGUCGGUGAAGUAAAAAAAAUACCCAGGAAGGAAGACACUGAACACAUUUAGGAAGAAGAAAGAAAACAAGAAAGAAGAAUAUCCCAAAAUACAUAAAUAACAAAGGAAGACACUGAACACAUUUAGAAAGAAGAAAGAAAACGAGAGAGAAGAGUAUCCCAAAAUACAUAAAUAACGAAGGAAGACACUGAACACUAAGCAAUAAGGUAAAAACAAAACAAAAAAACAAGAUAGAAAAAUACCCCAAAAAUAUACAAAUAGGAAAGGAAGACACUGACCAUAGUAGGAAAAAGAAAAAAAAACGUGAUAAAACAAAUAUAGAAAUCAGAAAGAAAUGCGCUGCUUUACAUAUUAUAGGAAGUAAGGGAAGCUAACGUUACCUAAUUAUUCUAGAUACAAGGGAUUCGAGCCAAUCAUAAAUUUUCCUUAUUUUUCCUUCACUUAUACCCGAAAGUAUAGUGUGAGCAAACCAUCCUCUCGCUGUGUUAGAAGGAAAGGGAAAGGAAAGCAGACAAGAAGGUAAAGUAACCAGAUAAAAAAAAAAAAAUGUAAGAAAUGAAACAGAUCAAUCCUCCUCCAUGUAAAAAUAGAAGAGAAAGAAAACUGAAGAGAAGAUAAGAAGAGAUAAAAGGGAAAACUUUGCAUAACUAAUCCCUCAGCCAAUCCAACCACCCGCCUGUUGCCGUAAAGGGGAAGGAAAGGAGUAAAAAAAAGGAAAGACGGACACUCGGAUAAAUGAGAAAACAAAUAGAACACAAUUGAAAACCAUGUUGAAAGUGUUGCCAAGGAAGAAGUUCUUUAAAGGUUCCUCCCGUUUGCUGUUGCCUGUGACCGCUGCUCUGCUGAUGGUGAUGAUGGCGACGUGGAGUUUGGAGACACGGAGGGAAGAAGAGACAGCCGGGGCCACAGGAGGAGGAGGCGGAGGACUGGAGGUGGUGGAGGGCCUGCCUGGAGAUGACGCCCGCGCCGUAGAUCUGCUGCAACGGCACUGGCUCCAGGCGCCCUCCGUGCUGCCCUACAACCUUAACGAGAGUCCCGCCUACCUGUCCGCUGCCAACGGGGACACCUGGACCUUCGUGCACCACUACGUGACUCGGCUCUUCGAAGGGCAGAGAGGCGGCUUCUUCGUGGAGGCGGGGGCGCUGGACGGCCAGAUGCUGUCCAACUCGCUGUGGCUGGAGCGGGAGCUGGGCUGGACGGGGCUGCUCGUCGAGCCUGACCCCGUGAGUUACUCGCGGCUCGUGACGAAGCACCGCAAGGCCUGGACCUCCAACACCUGCCUCUCCCACACGGGCGUCACCAAGGCCUCGGUGCACGUCUCCCUCACGCUGCCCGCGGGCUACCGGGCGCGGCCGUGGUACAUGAAGGGAUCCUCAUACGAAAUUGGAUUCUCGCUAAACAGCCCAAGUAUUAGUAAUUACGUCAAUGCUGCUGAUAAGUCUUAUUCGGUAGUCAGCUGCUUCCCUCUGGUCAGUUAUCUCCGAGCUCUUAACGUUAGUACGAUAGACUUCCUCUCCCUGGACACCCAAGGAAGCGAGAUGGAGAUCCUGAAGACCAUUCCUUGGGACGAGGUGAACGUGAGGGCGGUGGUGGUGGAGAUUAUCGGGUCAAGGACAGGAGCAAGGUUCGUGGGCUACAUGAAGAGUCUCGGGUUCACUCUGGUGGGCCAUUUCCUGGAUUAUAUCUUUGUGAAGGAAGGCGACCCGUCCCUGGACAAGCUGAGGUCAAAGGACGGGUGGGAACUCGUGAUCAUGAACCCGACGGAGGAAGAGCCGGAGGUCACGACGACUGGUAAAGGUCAGGGAGGUCAGUGAGUGCUCCGUUAAUGUUCCGUUUAAGUGCAUGAAUCGCGCUGGUGUUUGUUUCGUUGCAUGCCCUGUGUGUGUGUGUGUGUGUGUGUGUGUGUGUGUGUGUGUGUGUGCCCGAUAAACAACAGUAUCGUUUUGGAAACCCUCAGGAAUGUAACAGUGUCUGAUGCUUUUCGUUUGGCAUUUUCCAUUAUUUCCAUUGACUUUCAAAUAACAAACUCAGUCCCGAUGUGCAACGCUUUGGUCGUCUCGCCGUGACGGCACACCCAAGCCUUGACUGUGACUGGCAGCUUGCUUGUCACACCGAGUCUCUUCCUGUCCCUCCCUGACACGUCUCAUUCGGGGAAGUGAGGCAUUCCGGUUCAUAAACAUUCUUCCUUUGUGUUCUUGUUGUAUAUUAUCACAUUUCGGAUCUUAUAAUUUGCUCCACUGCAUAGUGAUGUGAAUAUUGUACACAUGUUUCUUGCAUUUUUGCAAAUCCCAUUAUGUAUUGCCUGGGGGAUGGGAUGGCGAAUCCAGGUAAAAAAGUAACGGAAAAAGCCAUAGGUAAAAAAGUUACAAGAAAAAAAAGUCACAGAAAAUAAAAGAAACAGGGCAAUGUUAGCACUUUUUUCGCUUUAUAUAUGAAUGGCAACUUUUCUAAAGCUCCAAAAAUUUUCAAACAAAUUUAUGACAUCCGUGUGCCUUUCGGUAAUACAACAAUUACUUCAGCGUACACCCUUCAUCCAAACAAGACUCGUGCCACCUACGAAGAACUCUUCCAGGCUAUAGUGAUGAGUGUGCAGACCUAAACUGUUGUAUUAAUGUGCAAACCGUGGCGACUGACUUUGAAGAUGAUGUAGCUACUGAGAGUUGUUCUUGCAGUGUUUGGCCGCGACGUAGAGGGCAAAGGUUGUUUCUAUCAUCUUACGCAGUCCACUUGACGUAAGAUCCAGGAACUGGGUUUGGAAACACAGUAUAAUACCAAUGCUGAGUUUCGUUUGUUUUGUGGCAUGAUUGAUGCUCUAGCUUUUUUGCCCCUAGAGGACAUUGAUGAAGGUAUACCUCAGAACUGUCAUUCCACAAGACCCACUUGAAGCCGAGGAGUUGCUCAUGUACUUUGAUUGUACUUAUGUUCAUGGCUACUUUCGAGUGCUGCAGCAGGCAGUUGCCAUAUCCAGUGAUGCCAUGAUGUCUCUGAGAAUGCGUCACAUUCCAUCUGUUUGCCCUUCACAUAUGGAAUGUGCAUGACGCCACCAUGAACAACAAUGCCCGUAACAACAACAUAUGCGAAGGGUGGAAUAGUAAAUUCUUCAACCUCGUUGGUCACUACCAUCCUUCAGUCUGGCGAAUGACUUAAAUGUUUUUUUGUUUGAUUGCCUAACUUUCUUUCCAAGCCAAAAUUGACUUUUUUUCCUGUGACUUUUUUCCUAAACAAAAUUGUGACUUUCUUUGUGACUUUUUAUCCUGUCACUUUAUUACCGGCCACCGGGAUGGCUUGCUCCUCCCUUCUCCUUUGUUCUGUGCUUUUGCAACAAUAAACCAUCACUCAGUCAAUCAAUGUAAGCCUGCACGAGUGAUAACGUCACAGCCGCGCAACUCUCCACCCAACACAAAACAACGCCAGACGACUCAACUGCUGUUCUAAUAUCCCUCAUUUAGACUCCGGCCGGGAUGGCGGUAAACAACGACUGAGGGCAGCAUGACCGCGGCAGCUCGGGGUCUCCGAAAACGUGAGUUCAGGGUGUCGCUCGUGCCAUAAUCACAAAUGUAUAAGGAUAGAGUGUGGACAGUUGAUGCAUUAUAUUAGCAUUUCAUUCAAUUCUAUAUCUGUCUGUACCUGUCAAUCUGUCUAUCUGUCUAUCUGUCAAUCUAUCUAUCUAUCUAUCUAUCGAUCGAUCUGUCAAUUUAUCUAUCUGUCUAUCUAUCUGUAAAUUUGUCAUCUACCUUUAAAACCAACUAUAUAUUUUCGAUCUAUUUGUGUGUGGCCUUCGGGUGGACGGGAUAUUUUUUGUCACGUACCUUUUUUUUUUUUUUUUUGCAUCGUUGUUCAUGUUUUCUUUAUGGUUGUUUUACGAUCGUGUGGACUGAGGAGGGAGUGUGGAAGGCGUCACGCAGAGGGAUGUCAGAGGGAGCGGUUGUGAUUCAUGAUAAGCGGGUUUUUUCUUCAAAUAUAGUGUGUGUGUGUGUGUGUGUGUGUGUGUGUGUGUGUGUGUGUGUGUGUGUGUGUGUGUGUGUGUGAAUAAUGCUUGAUAGCCAAAAGAAAAAUCUCGCUGUUUUUUCUACCAUGGAAUUUAUGAAUCAAAACCAUCGUAAAAGCCGGGAUCUAUUUAUUUUUUGUCGUCAAGUAACCAAUACAUCUUUAAUAAACAAUAUGCAUAAUGCUCACAUUUCUCUUUUAUUUCCCACAUUAAUUAACGUAAAGUGAGAUUCACAAGUCAAUUCAACCUUGAGUCUUAGAAGCAGGAGUCAACAUGGGUUCAGUACCUCUCUGUCUGGCGCCUAUCUAUCUUUUAGGCGCACGGCCCAGCCUUUACGAAGGAUAGGCCAGGGUUGCGGCACUGGGCA